UACGCCGGUAAUCUAAGUAUUAUUGUACGGUGAUGACGCGUCUCUCUUGUGCAGUGUAUCGUGUUCAUGUCCGUUUUGAAUACUGGUUGUUAUCAUGCCCCUUUUGUGCCUUGUUAACCUAUCAGGAUCCACUCACUAAUAUGAGCUUGCAUGCCAACAGCCAGGCGACCAUAUAUAAGCAUUACCGCAUGCACGUGUUUACCGCGUUUAAUUGCCAUUGCAAUGUUGCUGUAACUUGCAAAAUUUUUCUUAAUUUGUAAAUCAUGGACGUUCCUAAGUCAAAAACUGCCCUGCGUAAGUUGCAGUUUAAGCCUUUGAAAGACCUUUGUGAUCAUUUGAAUGUGCCGUACACUUUCGACGAUGACAAGAAGAAGCUCCUUCAGCUCCUGGAGGCUCACCUGUUCACCGACAACGAGCCGAUUGCCAGAGUGGUGGAUCUGUUAAAGCUGGACCAGACGUGCCUGGAGGAAAUGGAAUCGGAGGGCGUCACAACCAGAUCCAUUCUGCUGACCCUGGGAGAGUCGUCUCAGUUUCCAGACAACCUGAAGUUCCUUACCCGCAUCGGGGUGCGUUGCAUCGUGGAAAAGUUCAUUCGUGCCGGUUUAUCCUCCCAGAAGCCAUCGAACACCCUCUCCACUGGAUACAAAGAGUCUCGUCGUUCCGGGUCAUCAUCCCGCAGUAGCAGCCGACAGCGUGGCACGGGCAGAGGGCAAAGCGCGAAAGGUCACCGGCAGCCGGGCCCCGUUCCUGUGCCAGAGCGCCCCUUCCGCACUCCAACGCCUGGAGCAUUUACAACAACCUUCUAUCCUCGUGCGCCCACCGCGCCGGCCUUCCCGCCUCCCGCAUAUCCACCCAUUCACUACGCAGUGGAGCCGCAACAUUUUCCGCAUCAGUGGGGAUAUCCACCGCAUCACUAAAAGCCCAGGGACACUGGAAAAGCGACUGCUAUCAGCAGUAUGUGCGUCGGGACGUCGACUAUCGCCUGGAAUUCUGUCAAGCCAUGCGGGAAGCCCUUUGCUGAGCUGCUAUUCACCAUCCAGUUGCCCUUCUCUCUUCAUGUUGCCUUUUCCAGCUUCCGUUCUUUCUUGGGGGUUUUUGGAGGUUGUUCUGCCGUGUUGUUGUUCAGUUAGCGAUAAUAAAAUCACCCCCUUUGUAAAAUCGUAGCGUCUCACCAAAACAAUAAUGGGAUAGAUUACGCCGGUAAUCUAAGUAUUAUUGUACGGUGAUGACGCGUCUCUCUUGUGCAGUGUAUCGUGUUCAUGUCCGUUUUGAAUACUGGUUGUUAUCAUGCCCCUUUUGUGCCUUGUUAACCUAUCAGGAUCCACUCACUAAUAUGAGCUUGCAUGCCAACAGCCAGGCGACCAUAUAUAAGCAUUACCGCAUGCACGUGUUUACCGCGUUUAAUUGCCAUUGCAAUGUUGCUGUAACUUGCAAAAUUUUCUUUUUUCUCCUUCCUUGUUUAGAGGUUGUUCUGCCGUGUUGUUGUUCAGUUAGCGAUAAUAA